AUGGCUUUGGGCUUCGUUAAAGAGAGAGUCAAGAAGAAAAUUGAAGGGUGGAAAGCAAGCUGUCUUUCCUUAGCCGGCAAGGAAGUGUUGAUUAAGGCAGUUGCUAUGGCAGUUCCGGCCUACCCGAUGCAUUGCUUCAAAUUUCCGGCAGGGCUUUGUCAAGAAAUAAAUGGUGAUUUAGUAAGGUUUUGGUGGGCUAAUCAAGAGAAUGACCAUAAGAUUCACUGGAGGUCCUGGGAAAAACUUGGCAUGAGAAAGGAGAAUGGAGGGCUUGGUUUUCGUGACCUCUUGGAUUUUAAUCUUGCCCUCCUUGGCAAGCAAUGCUGGCGGCUAAUCAAUAACCCAGAUUCUCUUUGGGCUCGUAUUCUAAAAGCUCGUUACUUUCCGAAUGGUGACUCUUGGAAUGCAGAGGUGGGACACAGAACCUCAUGGGCAUGGGCAAGUCUCAUAGAAGGGAGAGACACUGUGCUCAGGCAUGCAAGGAAGCAAAUCUUUAAUGGGGCUGAAACUAAUAUCUGGGUUGAUCGCUGGCUUAAGCUUCCGCAUAAUGAUGUUAUUGUUCCCACUAGACCACUCUCUGCUAACACUCCAAUUUUUGUGGAGGAGAUCAUGAAUAAACGCGAGCGUUCUUGGGACUUAAGCAGAGUGAGCCUAUUUUUAGAUCAAGAGACUAUAAGAUGCAUUAUUUCUCGGCCUAUUGGCAUUUCAAGCUUGCCAGAUAGAUGGAUUUGGCCUUGGACUUCAAAUGGAGAAUACUCAGUCAAAUCUGGGUAUCAUAUCACUCAUUCAAUGGCAAAUUCAAGAAUUGUUGGUCCACCUCAGACAUCCCAUGUCAUGUCUACUUAG